AUGAAAUGUUGUGUUUUAACCACUGCUACACUACCACUGUGUUGCCUGAGAAGCUCGAAUAUCAAGAAGAAGUUGUUGGCCGAUGAUUGCACAUUUGACAACGCCUUAAAAGUAGCAUUGGGAGUCGAAGCAGCCGACAAGGACGUCGCAGAUAUUUCGCAAAAGGGAUCACACUCUGUUAACAAGGUUGGUGGGAAUCUUGCGCGUCAGGGAAACCCGAGUCACCCAAAUGCAAGAUCAAGCUGUAAGUACAGAAAUUUUACAUGUUAUACGUGUGGUAAAUCAAGUGAUAUUGCUAAAACAUACAGAGGCUUUUUUCAGGAGCUUCGGGGAGGAAAGCUAUUUCUAAACUGGAUAUGACGAAUGCGUACCAGCAGCUACUUCUUGAUGACGAGAGUCAACAAUACGUGACCAUCAAGACUCACCGGGGACUUUAUCGCUAUAAAAGACUUCCUUUUGGUGUUGCAGUUUCGCCAGCAAUAUUCCAGCGUUCUGUGGAUGUUAUUUUACAAGGCAUCGACAACGUAUCAGCUAUCCAAGACGACAUUCUGGUUACUGGCAAGGAUGAGGUUGACCACCUUCGCAAUCUCGAGGAAACACAUCCCCGUCUUCAGGAAUAUGGCGUUUGUCUUAAACUGGAAAAAUACAACCCGGAAUUACCACUUAUCUUAGAAUGUGAUGCAAGUCCAUAUGGCGUUGGUGCGGUCAUUUGCCAUCGGUUCCCUGAAAACAUUGAAAGACCCGUAGCAUACGCAUCGCGGUCAUUGAAUCCUGUCGAAAAGAAUUACAGUCAAAUCGAGAAAGAACGUCUGGCGAUAGUUUUUGGGUUGUCCAAAUUGUACAUGUAUCUUUACGCAAGGAAGUUCACGUUAUACACUGAUCAUAAACCCUUGUUGAAGAUAUUUGCACCUGAUUCAGCCACCCCAGUUCUGGCAGCAGCGCGUUUACAACGUCGGUCACUACUCCUGUCAUCCUAUCAGUAUGAAAUCCGCCACAAGUCUUCCGCUGACAUCGCGAACGUAGACGCUCUGUCCAGACUCCCACUAAAGUAUCGAGCUGAUGCCAGUGUAGAAGAACGUAUAUUCAGCAUCUCCGAUUAG